AUGGCAAUAGCAAACAACAGAACACAAUGUUUUACAUGUAAUAAAAAUAAAAUAACAUAUCCUUGUGAAGGAUGUUCGCAAAGAUUUUGUUUGAUGGAUUUAACAGAACAUCGUCAAAUAUUAAAUAAUGAAUUACACCAUAUUAUUAAUGAAUAUAAUCAAUUUAAACAAAGAUUUAGUGAACAAAAGUCGAAUCCACAUGAUCUUUCAUUAAUAGAUCAAAUUAAUCAAUGGGAAAUAGAGUCAAUUGAAAAAAUUAAACAAAGAGCAAAAGAUUCUAGAGAAAUUGUCAUUAGAUCUUCACAAACAGUUUUGAAUAAUAUUGAAAUGAAAUUUAAUGAUUUAAAUGAACAAAUAAAACAAAUUCAAAGUGAAAAUGAAUAUAAUGAAAUUAAUUUAAAUUAUUUAAAAAAUCAAUUAAACGAAAUGACACAAGAACUAAAUAAUCCAUCAAAUAUAUCUAUUCAACAAAAUUCAAAACCGCUCAUUAAUGAUGUUUCAAUUAAUUUAUUAAAAAAACCAACAUGGAACAAAUGGAGACAAAAUGCUAUGACUGUGGUUGGCGGAUAUGGACAAGGACAAAAAUUAAAUCAACUCAAUCGUCCUACAGGAAUAUUUAUUGAUAGAAAGAAAAAUAUUUUUAUUACUGAUUGUUAUAAUCAUCGUAUAGUUGAAUGGAAACAUGAUGCAAAUGAAGGACAAAUCAUUGCAGGCAGAAAUGGACCAGGACAUCGAAUGGAUCAAUUAAAUUUUCCAACAGAUGUGAUUGUUGAUCAACAAAAUCAUUCGAUCAUCGUUGCUGAUCAAGGGAACAGACGAGUGAUUCAAUGGUUGAAUCAAAACCAACAAAUUCUCAUUGAUAAUAUUGACUGUUUUGGUUUGGCAAUAGAUAAAUAUGGAUUUCUUUAUGUUUCUGAUUAUAAGAAGAAUGAAGUGAGACGAUGGAAAAUGGGUGAAUCUAACAACGAAGGAAUUAAAGUGGCAGGUGGAAAUGGCAGAGGAAAUCAACUCAAUCAUCCUAGUUUUAUCUUUGUUGAUGAAGAUCAAUCUGUUUAUGUAUCAGAUAGAUACAAUCAUCGUGUGAUGAGAUGGAGAAAAGAUGUAGAAGAAGGAACAGUUGUGGCUGGAGGAAAUAGUGAAGGAGCAAAUCUCAAUCAAUUGUCUUAUCCUGCAGGAGUCAUUGUUGAUGAUUUCGGUCAGAUCUAUGUGGCAGAUUUUGGGAAUCAUCGAAUAAUGCGUUGGUGUGAAGGAAAAGAAGAAGGUAAAAUUAUUGUUGGUGGAAAUGGUAGAGGAAAUAAAUCAAACCAAUUGAAUCAUCCCUUUCGUUUAUCUUUUGAUGAUGAAGGAAAUCUUUAUGUUGGUGAUUGGGCAAAUCAUCGAAUCGAAAAAUUUGAAACAGUUUUGUGA